AUGGAGGAACGAGAAAAAGGGAGGACGAAAGAGGAAGAGAACGAUGGCGGGAACGAGAAAAGGAAGACGAAGAGAAAGAGAAAGAAUGGAAAGGAACGAGGAAAAAGGGAGACGAAGAGGAAAGCGAAAGAUGGAGGAAGGAACCGAGAAAAAAGGGAGGACGAAGAGAAAGAGAAAGAUGGAAGGAAGGAACGAAGAAAAAGGGAUGACGAAGGAAAGAAGGAAAGAAAGUCUGGGAGGAACGAGGAAAAGGGAAAAAAGGGAGACGAGACAAAGAGAAAGAUGGGGAACGAGAAAAAGGGAGAAAACGAAGAGAAAGAGAAAGAUGGAGGAACGAGAAAAGGGAAAAAGGGAGACGAAGAGGAAGAGGAAAGAUGGUCGGGGUCGGGAAAACGAGAAAAAAGGAGGCGAAAUGAGAAAGAGAAAGAUGGAAGGAACGAGCAAAAAGGGAAAGAGAAAAGAGAAAAGAGAAGAUGGAGGAACGAAGAAAAGGAAGACGAAGGAGAAGGAGAAAGAUUGAGGAACGAGAAACAAGGGAGACAAAGAGAAAGAGGAGACGAAGAGAAAGAGAAAGAUGGCAGGAAAACGAGGGAAAAAGGGAGAAAAGAGAAAGAGAAAAGUGAGGAACGAGAAAAAGUGGAGGGACGAAGAGAAAGAGAAAGAUGGAGAGGAACGGAAGAAAAAGGGAGACGAGAGAAAGCGAAAGAUGAGGAACGGAGAUAA